UUUUGAUGUGCAACUCUUAUUUGAACUUGACUGCGUUUAGAGCGCUCGCAGUGCGCGUGAGUGUGUUUUGAACAGAGGGAGGCGGGUCUUCGCGGACUGAUCACCGAUCAGCUGAGGCUCGUCGCGCUCACGCUCGUAUCAUAUUUAGCGUUAUUCCCGUCUAUGCAUGUCGGAGCGAUGUUUCACUGUCGGAGGAACGUUUCUGGAGCGGCUUUAUUACUGCAGCGUCUGCAAGUAACGUUACUUGACGCGACCUGCGACGCGAGCCGCUCAUUGCAUAACUCCCGCUGCUCUCAUGUUUACCGGAGAUUAACGGCAAGCAAAGCCGUUCUAUUCCGUUCUCGUUUACACGAUUCUCAGUUCGGAUCGCCGCCGGAUCUCGGUGCUCACGCGCGAAUGGCGGCGUUCGCUUUGAAGGCUGCCGCGCCGCGGCGCGAAUACGGCGACGCGAGGAACUCCGAUCGGAACGUUCUUAAACUCAGUGAACUCGACUCGUUUCUAUCCGUUCGUUCUUCAGCUCCUGUCGCGAUCCAAACGAGACGAUCCUCCACGACGCCCGAGAAAACGCAAGACGAACGCGCCGCUAACAUUCAAACGCAGGAUCAGGUGUCGUCUGUGUCCGGCGCUGAAGGUCAGAGGUCAGAUGAGAAGCCCAGUAAGACGCAGCAGCUCAGGAAGGUGUUUAAGGAGUACGGCGCCGUCGGCGUCUCCUUCCACAUCGGAAUCUCUCUCAUUUCUCUGGGAAUGUUCUACGUCGCCAUAUCCAGCGGGCUGGACGUGACGGCUCUGUUGUGUAAGCUGGGCUUCAGUGAGUCGGUGGUUCAGUCGCGGAUGGCAGCUGGCACCAGCUCGUUUGUGUUAGCGUACGCCGUGCACAAGCUCUUCGCUCCGCUGCGGAUCAGCAUCACGCUGGUGUGUGUUCCUCUGAUCGUCAGACACCUCAGGAAGAUGGGACUCUUCAGAGCCGGUCCAACCAGACCCACCACACGCUCAUAAGCUCCUCUAUUCACACUCAUCUCACGACACUAACUCAUCCAGUGCUUCUCUAGACUCUAGAGCGGACAGCACCUCAGACGCACAGAAAUCAAAGGUGAACGCUUUGGGUGGAAACGAGUGCCUCUCACAACACGACUGCUUUCAUGAUUGUUUGUUUGUUUUUUAAGCUCUACAGUCACAGUUACAUGAAGUCUGCUGACAUUGAUUUUAUGAGCUGUGAUUUUUGUAAAUUGAGGAGUUAAUGAAGGACUGUAAUGUAUUGGUUUGUCUUGUUCUAAGACAGUUGAAUUGAUUUAGUUCACACUAAUGUUCAUCACCUCUAUCAGACGGGCUUUUUAGGAGAUUUCAGGACAAUUAUGAACUUUGACUGUUAAUUAUAUUGAAAAUCUCAUUGUGUAAUAUAAUUGAAAAUCUUAAUAUUGUGAAGUCAAUGUUAUAUUUGGCUGUUUAAUUAUGUAAUAAAAUGUUUGCCCUAUAAGGACUAACUGUUUUCUUUUUAUU